AGAGGCACACGGUGACACACAGCUGGAGAAGCACACAAGCCUGGACAGGCAGCUGUAUUGGGGGAGGAAAUCUGCAGUGAAGUGUGAGACCGUUCCUGGAGAAACAGCAUGCAUUGUGCUGUCUGGGAUACGGAAGCAUCUACCAACCAAGCUCCUCAUAUCAGCACUCUGUCAGAUCUGCUUCAUUGAGGGAGCUGCAGAUUUUAAGAAUGACAGCCCAGCAAUACUGAAGGUAGUCUCGAGUAUUUCAGUGGAGAUGCAUUCUCAGCAGGUCCUCACGCUCUGUGUCACAGUGUCUUUGAUGGUCCUGGUCCAGGCAGGUCCGCUGGGCUCCGAGGAGAAGUGGAAGUCCCUGGAGAUCCCCCGCAACAGAGACCUGUUUUUCCAAACGCUGCAGGCCUACUUCAAUAGGAGGGGUGUAAACAUGGCUAAGGUCUCGCAGCCCCUCCCCAUUGACAACCUGCAGCCCCUGGACACCUUGCCCCCCUUGUACGCAGUGGACCCGCUGUCCUCUGCCUUCUCCGAAUACGAGAGACAGAAGAACUCCUUUGCUGCCUUCCUCAGGGGCUGACUCUGCGCAGACCCCCACUCACAGGUGGCUCAGGGACAGGGACUCGCACACUCUCAUUGGACAAAGCAAUGGGAUUUUGUACAUAUUUAUUUAUUUCAUUUUAUUUGUUUAGACAGUUUUUCCUCUACCAGCGAUUUCUUCAGUAAACACCAGGGCCACGCUGUAGACACUGCGUCUUCACUGUGAACUUCAUUGUGACAUGUACUGGGACUCCGAACCUUCAGAACACCAGAACGAUACCCACAGAGGCUUCCCAAUGACAGGACUCCACACCAACACAACAACGGGGGCUCUGACCAGGGAGCACAGCUUGCUUUGGGGUUUGAAUAUAGGAAAAGAGAAACUCCGGCAGAAAUGCUCCCACCCCAGAAACAUCUAAUCAAAUAUUUGAACUGCCACUCAUUACACUGUAUUUAGACUGUAAUUACACAUGGUUACCAUUUAACCCUUUACACCGUAGUUAGCCAUAUAAAUGUUUAGCAUGGUAUAUUUGCACUGGACGGUAACUUUAUUUAUUGGUCAGUUUCUACUUUAUAUGUCUUCCAUAUAAAGGAGUUACCUCAGUUUAAAAUACUUUUACCAUACAUGAGCAUUCCUCUUUGUGCUUGGCCAUUCUUGCCUGUGCUUUUACAGGCUUCUACUAUGAAAGCAGUAACACAAGAGACUGGGUUUGAGCUUACAAAAUGGCUUCCCCACCCCUCCCAGAGUGAAUUGGUUGUCAGGUGAAUCAGGCAGGAUGGUUCUAGAAGUUCCAAUCUGUGCUGGUAUAGUGACAUAUCUGAACAAUUUUGCACACGUUAGCCGAUGAGACCCCUCUAUUCUUGUCAUUUUUAAAGCUUUACUAUACUAUACCAUGGUAGAUUUGUAUAUGGGUCACAACGUGCUUGUGUAGUUGUAGCCCAGUUGGUUGGCUUUUGGUUUACAGAACCCCACAACGAGCCAAAUUCAUCUAAUGAUAUUGUCAUGUGGGGAGAUUUUUAUUGAUGUAAAUGUGAUGUUUCAGACAAGCUGUGUUGGCUGUUUUUGCCUUUGUGUCUCUGAGCUGAAUAACUGAACAUGCUUUUGUCAUUAAUUGUAAAUAAAUUGAUAUUCUGUUCUCAUAUUCAUCA